CUCUUCACACCAUUCCCUUAAUUUCUUCUAAUAAUUCUUUCAUUCUUUUUUCGCUUUCUUUUUCUUUCUCCCGCCGACAUGACGAUCCUCAUCGACCACCCUCACCUAAUUGAAGUGGAAGAGAAGAAGGGGGCGAUUUCAGAGAUGAAGGAAUUGGCGUUGGACGGAGGAUUCGUGAUACCCGAUAAUCAAACGGCGGCGGCGGCGGCGGCGGAAGGUUUCGUGGCGCCGGAAAUUAAUUCGUUCGGCCAAAGUUUCAGAGACUACGCGGCGGAGAGCGAUAGGCAGAAGAGCGUAGAGGAAUUCUACCGAAUGAACCACAUUCACCAGACGUACGAUUUCGUGAAGAAAAUGAGGGAACAAUACGGCAAAAUGGAUCGCGUGGAAAUGAGCAUAUGGGAAUGCUGUGAGCUCCUAAACGACGUCGUUGAUGACAGCGAUCCUGAUUUGGACGAACCCCAGAUUCAGCAUUUGCUGCAAACCGCCGAAGCCAUUCGAAAAGAUUACCCAGAUCAAGAUUGGCUGCAUUUGACUGCUCUCAUUCAUGAUCUUGGAAAAGUGCUUCUUCUGCCAAGUUUUGGAGGGCUUCCCCAAUGGGCUGUUGUGGGGGAUACACACCCUCUUGGCUGCGCUUUUGACGAAUCCAUUGUUCACCACAAGUAUUUCAAGGAAAAUUCUGACUCCGAGAAUCCAGCUUAUAAUACCAAAAAUGGCAUUUACUCUGAAGGCUGUGGACUAGAUAACGUUAUGAUAUCGUGGGGCCACGAUGACUAUAUGUAUUUGGUAGCUAAAGAAAAUGGGUCGACUUUGCCUUCAGCUGGAUUGUUCAUAAUCCGUUACCAUUCUUUUUAUCCUUUACAUAAAUCGGGAGCAUACAAACACCUAAUGAACGAGGAGGAUGCCCAGAAUUUGAAGUGGCUUCAUAUAUUCAACAAGUAUGAUCUCUACAGUAAGAGCAAAGAAAGAAUUGACGUAGAAAAAGUUAAACCAUACUAUAUGUCCCUUAUUAACAAGUACUUCCCGGAGAAACUCAGAUGGUGACCUUAUUUUCCAAGAUAAUUGGAGGAGAAUGCUACUGCCAGCCGGUGACCGAUGACCUGUUUGGAUAAAUGUGCUCAUUAUCUUGUAUUGUCCAUUGUCACAUUCAAUGAGUUUUUUUUUUCUUCUUUUCCCUCCGAAAUGUAAUGGAAAAAAGUUACCUUCAAAAAUGAUGAAAUUGAAUUACUUCUGUAGAAUAAUGGUGUUACAAUUAAUGAAAUAUGGUUUUUUUCGUUCUUGUUA